UGGAAAGGGCCCCUCCGACCACCCUUUGUCUCAUUUUCCACUGCCCUGUGUCCCUUAGAACAUGGAGGAAAUUAUGGCAGUUCAAUCUUCUCUCUCACCCAAAUUCCCAACCAUAAAAGCUCUCCUACAACCAGAAACUCUUCCUAAUUCUUGAAGCAACGAAAUAAACCAUCAUCAUGCCGAGAACAAGAACCCUCAUAACCCAAACAGAAAGUAAAAGAAUCCCACUUUCUUACCAUCAUUGCCAUCAAAUCCAAGCACAAAAGCACCCAUAAUUUUAAUUUGCACAGCUUCCUUUGCCCCAGUCAAAUUUUCCAAAAAUCCUUCCCACUUCAAAAAAUGGAGAUUGAAUCAGUCAAGUGCGAGUGUUGUGGGCUCAAAGAGGAUUGUACUCAGGACUACAUAACUGAAGUCAAGGCCAAAUUCAACGGCAAAUGGCUUUGUGGGUUGUGCUCAGAAGCUGUGAGAGAUGAAGUUAGCCGGGGAAAGAAGCCGCCAUCCGGCGUGGAAGAAGCUGUGAAGGCUCACAUGUCAUUUUGUCGUAAAUUCAAAUCGAAUCCGGCGGUUCGAGUCGCCGACGGGAUGAGGCAGAUGCUAAGGAGAAGGUCAGGGGACUUGUCAUCAUCCCCAUCUUCCGGUGCCAAGUAUUCAUGAUCAGAAAGCUCGUCAACAAUGACCGAUACAUCCUCUUUCUCGUUGUACUAAUCGGAAAGAAGUAGAUGGUUGGAAUAAUAUAGGUGGCCUUUCAUGGUCAAGUUAAUUCAACUUGUCUUGUACAUGCAGGGGAUUUUGUCUCAAAUGAUGGAGGCUUCUUCUUCAA